CAAAUUUCAAAAAAAAUUUUAAAAGUUCCAUAACCUAAGGCCCAAAGAGGACCAAACCCAGCAAAGAAGCCGCCACAUCAUUUUCUUGACGUACAGACUUCCUUAGCCCAGCACCAGCAGCCCCUUCAACCUCCACGUCCAAGGGACGCGACCACCGGAGAAACAUUCACAAGAACUCCGCCGCUCACUUCCGGGGCCGAGAACAACCUCACGGCGGCCACCUCGUCUAUCAUCCAUCCGGCGUCUACUUAAUAAGUACUAUUGAUCAUUGCAUUGGUUCCACCUCUAAAAUUGUACGAGGUAGCAAACUCAUUUCCAUGGGGAAGCAAAGCAGACAAAAGAUUAUUACGGAAGAGCUUGAUAACCUUCCUUGGAAUUCUUCUCUCCCUAAUGAAGAUCCUUUUGCUAUCCUUUCUGGCUCCGACAACCUUCAAGGAGGUUUUUUGUCGCUGGAAGAGAUUGAUGAAUCAGAGUAUAAUUUGACAAUGCCGGGUUCUGAAAAGGAUAAUUUGAAGGAAAAGUCAGGGGCACCUCAGAAAACAAAGAAAAGGAAACGAGUGAAUAGUGUUGGUGUUGAAGAGGAUGGUGCUAAAAUUGAGGCUAGAAAUGAGAUGGAAGAAGGUAAUGUGGAGCAUAAGAAAAAGAAGAAGAAGAAAAAGAAGAAGAAAGUAGUGAAAACUGUAAAGACACAAGAUAUUGAAAACAAUAUUGAAAAUGAUGAAGAAUUGAUGGAUGACGAUGAAUUUAAUGCAUGGCAUGAACUGAGGCUUCAUCCACUCCUUAUGAAUGCAAUAUACAAGUUAGGAUUUAAGCAGCCAACACCCAUCCAAAAGGCUUGUAUCCCUGCUGCUGUUCAUCAGGGAAAGGACGUCAUUGGUGCUGCAGAGACUGGUUCUGGUAAAACACUGGCUUUUGGCUUGCCAAUCUUGCAACGACUUCUUGAUGAGCAAGAAAAGGUAGAAAGAUUGAUGCUGGUAGAUUCAGAUGCUGCUGAGCAUAUUGCACCUAGAGGCUUGCUACGGGCUUUGAUAAUUACCCCUACAAGGGAACUUGCCAUUCAGGUUACUGAUCAUCUUAAAGCAGCAGCAAGAUCUACCAAAUUCCGGGUGGUUUCUAUAGUUGGAGGCAUGUCCACUGAAAAGCAAGAGAGGCUUUUAAAAGCAAGGCCUGAAAUUAUUGUUGGAACACCUGGGAGGCUGUGGGAGCUUAUGUCAGGAGGAGAAAAGCACCUUGUUGAGUUACAUUCAUUAUCUUUCUUUGUGCUGGAUGAGGCGGAUCGAAUGAUUGAGAAUGGACAUUUUCAUGAGUUACAGUCCAUAAUUGAUUUGCUUCCUGCAGCUACUGGAGCUAUUGAAAAGCAUUCUGAGGAUACUCAGAAUUGUGAAACUGUCUCUAGCUUUCAGAGGAAAAAACGUCAAACCUUUGUAUUUUCUGCAACAAUCGCGUUAUCUCGCGACUUUCGCAAAAAACUUAAGCGCGGGACUCUCAAAAUGAAACAGUCAGCAGCGGAUGGGCUAUCAUCUUUAGAAGUAUUAUCUGAAAGAGCAGGAAUGAGACCUGAUGCGGCAAUUGUGGAUUUGACCAAUGAAUCAAUAAUGGCCAGGAAUCUUGUGGAGUCAUUUCUCGAGUGUAGCGAAGAAGACAAGGACGCCUACUUGUAUUACAUCUUGUGUGUUCAUGGACAAGGUCAAUCUAUUGUUUUCUGCUCGUCAAUCACUGCAUUACGCCAUAUUACCGCUCUUCUGCGGACGCUUCAGAUUAGUGUCUCUGUCCUUCAUGGAGAAAUGCAGCAGCGAGCUCGUUUAAAGGCACUCGAUCGUUUCCGCGAGAAUAAGAAUGGAAUACUUGUAGCUAGUGAUGGUGCUGCUAGAGGACUGGACAUACCAGGAGUUCGUACUGUCAUCCACUAUCAACUUCCGCAUUCAGCAGAGGUUUAUGUACAUAGAAGUGGACGAACUGCAAGAGCGUCUACUGAUGGGUGCAGUGUUUUAUUAGUCUCAGCAAAUGAGAGAUCAAAAUUUGCCUCAUUGUGCAAGUCUUUUGGCAAGGAUACUCUUCAGCGAUUUCCUAUUGAAAGCUCAUACAUGCCAGAGGUUCAAAAGCGAUUAUCUCUUGCACGUCAAAUAGAUAAGAUUUCUAGGAGAGAUUCAAAGGAAAAGGUAAAAGAGAGCUGGAUCAAACGCAAUGCUGAGGCAAUAGGGCUCGAUGUGGAGGAUAAUGACAGUGAAGAAGAAAGAGUUGGUAAAUGCAGACAGCAAAAAGCUACGACCAUGCAGUUGAAGAAACUUCAGCAGGAGCUCAAUACGUUGCUUUCACGUCCACUGCAGCCGAAGUCCUUUUCACAUCGCUUCUUGGCAGGGGCUGGUGUUUCCCCACUGCUGCAGAAUCAACUUGAAGAGCUAGCUAAGCAGAAACAUAACGAAGGCCUUGGGCUGAGCAAAAAGAACCUGGUUGUUAUUGGCCAAGAUUGUGUAGAGCCACUUCAGGCACUUCGUAGGGCUGGUCCGGAGGCGCACAUGAACUUCAAAGAGCUUGCGGAGAAGCAACGAGACAUGGAUAAGUUGAGGAGAAAAAGAAAAGAAGCUAAAAAACGCCAGAAGGAACAAAAGAGAAACGAGAAGAGAAAGAAAAAAGAAGCCAACCAAUAGUUGAGAAAAUCGGGAAGCAAUUGACAAUAGCAAAUUUUUCGACAGCUACUAGUGAAUGAUCAAACAAUUGGCAAUUUUGACAUCAAGGUUCUCUUGUGCACUUAGAUUGGUAGAGGGCAAGAGGCUAUAGCAAGUUACAUCUUUUUCCCUAAUGUGUAUAAAAAUAGAUAGAGGUCGAGAUCAUAGAACGAAAAGUCGCAACUAGGGGCGAAACUAUGUUCGACCAUGGUUCUUGGUGCAUACCCUAAAUGAGUGAAAAUUUGUAUCAAUGGAGUAUCUGAUUUAUAAAUUAUUAUGACUUUAUUUUCUGAGUUUUAAUUAGUGUUAUUAAAGAUGAAAAUUUUCAUAUUUGAUUGA